ACGUCAUCAAAAGGCGCCAUGUUGUGUAGACGCUGACGAUUCCAUGUGUAUAAAUCUCACACAAGAUAAUGCAUGUGCAUGUCUGCGUUUUGUCAAAGGAGUAAGGCUAAAGCUAACUUGAGUAGUUUAUAUAACGGAAUUAUCUCGAAGUGACAUUUAACAAGCGGUAGACUCGACCAAGUGGAUCUUAGACGAGAGGCUUAGUGCUCCGAGUUAGCCUAUAAGAUCUUUAAGAUUGAAUAUCUGAUCUGACUAGUCAACAAGCUCACUUCAGUGGCUGACCAUUAGUUUUCUCACGUUGCUAGCUUGUCAGCUGUACAAUGUGCCAGGUGGAUGAAGACUACAAUGGUCAGUUGGACCGCGAUGAAGUGCUCAGUUUUUCCAAGAAAUGUGUCAAAUGCAAAGAGGCCACAGCAGUUCUGGUCAUCAGGGCAGGAGACAUGUUCUGCAGUGGCUGCUUCAAGGAGUACUUCGUUCACAAGUUCAGGGCCAUGCUGGGCAAAAAUAGGAUCAUUUUUCCUGGAGAGAGGGUGCUGCUCGCUGUAUCUGGAGGUCCCUCCUCCUGCUCCAUGCUCAAUCAAGUCCAAGAGGGUUUGAGUCAAAAUGCUCACAAAAAGCUGAGAUUCAUACCUGGUAUUGUCUACAUCGAUGAGGGUGGUGCUCUAGGUCUGUCUGUGGAGGAGAGACAAAGAACAGUGGAUGAGCUGCAGUCUAUGUUUAAAGCUACUGGCUUCCCCUACCACAUCCUACCUCUGGAAGAGGUCUUUGACCUUCCCAGCUCUGUCCUGGAAGAGUCCUCCCCAUCCUCAGAACAACCAGAUAUUACCUACAAAGCUGCUGUAGAUCAUUUCAUUCAGACCAACCGCAACUGCUAUCUCAGCCCAGAGAAACAAGCUGACCUAACAGGGCUCAACAUUCAGGAGUCCCAUACACAUUCACUGCAGCAAAUAUUUGGCUCCAUCAAGACACUCACAGCCAAAGAAGACCUGCUGCAGACAUUAAGACAACAUUUGCUGGUCCAUACAGCUCGCAGUAAAGGCUACAGUAAACUGAUGUUGGGAGACAACUGUACCCGGCUUGCUGUUAAACUUCUUGCUAGUAUAUCACUGGGCAGAGGAGCACAGCUGGCUAUAGACACGGGUUUCUCAGACCUGAGGUAUGGUGACAUCAUAACAGUGAGGCCAAUGAGAGAUUACUCAGCCAAAGAAGUCUCUUUUUACAACCACAUGUACAAUGUGCCAUCUGUCUUCAUACCCACUUUGGACACUAAGACAACAGACAAGGCCAGUGUCCUGCGUCUAACAGAGAGCUUUGUCACUAAACUCCAAGCUCAUUUCCCCUCCACUGUCAGCACCAUCUACAGGACCAGUGAGAAGCUCCAGACAAUACAACCGUCUCCGAGUUCUUCUACUGCUCACAACUGGGACAAGUGUCUGCUCUGUAUGUGUGCUCUUGAUACUAAUGUUGUAGAGAAGGCAUCUGCUUUCCAGGCCACACUGAUCUCAGAGCUGCUUUCUCAGAGAAGAGCAUCCAGACCAGUUGACACUGCCUCCCCAACUCUGAGACCGGAAUUUCAGGGUCCAGAGUCAACCGCUGCGGGAGGUGUGGGCUGUGAAAGAGCAGCAUGUGGAGGAGGUUGCUGUUCUUCUGUCAAGGCUCCAGAGAGCACAGAGCUGAAGAGCCUGUUGUGUUACAGCUGUCAGCUGACCAUCAAAGACAUGUCCUCAGCAGACCUUCUCCCUCAGUACAUCUUGUCAGAGGCUCAAAGGAGGAAAAGGAGGUCUCAGAUGAGAGAGGAGAUCAGAGAGUUCCUGCUGGAUGAAGAUUACUAAUAAAAGGAGUAGUUAAAAGCCCUACAUGCCACAGAAGUCUAGCUAAAUGUACACCUCUCAAAACUGCUGCAGUUCAUCAAUCUAGCAAUCCAUUGUCAUUUCAGUGAAAAAAGUAAAAUUUGAUGAGGUCAUCAACUGUAGGCGUGUAAUACAUGGCAAGAAGCAGCGUCUGCAGUGUGUGAUUGUUCCAACCUUGCAAAGUCAAGCCAUAACUUGACUUUAUUUGACCAAAAAAAAGUAUAAGAAAAAAUGUUUCUCAUAAAAUUGUGACUUUAUAAUCUCAGACACACACAGCAAUUAUAACAAUUCUGUCUGUGCGUAUGUAUAUAUAUAUAUAUAUAUACAUGUGAGUGUGUGUGUGUGUGUGUGUGUGUGUGUUUGUGGUGUGGCCCUAAUACACUGUCAUAGAAAGGUAGAAAAGAGGUCUUUAAGACAAGUGAAAUUCUAGUAUUUGGACAAAAUGUAUUGAAUUACCACUUGACACUUGUGUCCAUCAGGAAAUGUCAGCAUAAACAGACAAGAAAUAUCUAUUUUUGCAUCAUUGCCAUUUAAGUCAUUCUGUCCGAUUUGUUUAGACAGGCAGUCGUGCAUUUCUUUAUCAACUGAACUUUGUUACUCUAAGACGAUAUUUUAUCACAAAUUAAAAUUGUGCUUGUGUAUAUAUUUUAUAUGUUGUCCUAACAACAACAGGAGAAAGUGAACCUGUCUCGGCAAUGUGAACCUGUCUUUGCAUUGCUGACAGAAUAUAUUGUUAAUUUUACAUCUGCCCUUGGAUGGGAUUUGUUGUAUGUGCUCCACUUGAUCAUAUCCAGCCCGUCCAGUGGGGCAAAUUUAUCUAUGUUUUCAUGAGGUUUCAGCCCCAGGAAUAUUAUUUCAUAAUGAGUUCUAAUCACCAAAACAUGUUAAUUGCACAUACUCUUUUGUAGUUUCUGUCAUGCAAGAGAAAUGAUCAUUUUUUUAAAUAAACUUUUGCCUUUGUCAUGUC